CAGCCGUGUGUAGUCGGUUUCAGAAACAACAGCGAAACGUGCGGAGGAAGAUCUUAGUAAUAAGUUUACGGCUAUUUCAUUAUCCUCAUCAUUGUUCUGAGGCUGGUUCGUCUGAGCUCCCACUUCGUCCACCCAAUCAUUGCUACGAACGGCUUGAGCUUGUUUUCUCCUACUACUCUUUUUACUGCCAAGGGAGAGAAUGCGUUUGAAGAAGCCAACCAUGGCGUCCUGGGAGCUGUCGUCGUGGUCGUUACAGUCGUCGAUUAGCAGGGGAGCGUUCGUGAAUAACAAAUUAGGUCCUAAGGUCGCCCUGUUUGAAAACUGAACAUGGUCACGGGAUCGCGUGGUGUGCCGAUCAACCGGCAGCUAUGCUGAUCUUGUCCUUAUGCAACGUCUUGUCAUACAGAACACAGGGAGCACUGCCCGGGACUUUUGCUUUCUUGAGAGAAAUGUCCUCUCGCAUCUAAAACUGGCCCUUCUCUUCUCUGUCCUAUCGUCGUCUCUCAUCCUUCAUGCUCGACUUGUGCCAGAUGCUGACGAAAAAACGAAUGGCUCCAGUUUCAAUAUCCCUUUAUCUGGCCUUCAAUUCGUUGCCUCUUUGCUUGCGAUAGCGGGUGGACUCUGGGAGUAUUUCAAUGGAUAUCGAGAUCUGUUGGAUAUGAGAGCGUUUCUUGCAGGCACUAAGUAUGUUUUCAUUUCGUCCUCGCUGUAUCUCACCUCAUUUACGCUUUCAAAAUAGGCCUCAUAUGGCGAUCAUGGUCGCAAUAGUA